AUGAGUGCCGCCGCAGGUUGUCAAGAUGGGCCGGAGACAAGGACCUUCACUAUCCUCUUGAUCGGUGACCUGAUGAUAGGCCGACUUAUCGAUGCCCUCCUCCCGACUAGCAUUGCGCGUGAACAGCCCGAGUCUUGCCCAGAAGAUGCCGCACAGAAGGUUGAUGAGUACAUCUUACCGAGGAACCCUCAACUCAACUCGUACCACUAUCUUUCACCCUGGGGCAAUGCCGUCGACCUCAUUCGAAGUUCAGACGGUGUAAUUGUCAAUCUGGAAACAGCAUUAACCACAACGACGACGCCCUGGCCCGGAAAAGUGUUCAACUACCGAAGUCAUCCUGGUAACGUUAGAUGUCUACAAGAGUUGGGCUUGGGUGACGGAUCACACAGAGCCAGUGUGUCUCUCGCAAACAAUCACACUCUGGAUUGGUGUAGGGAAGGGUUACUCGACACAGUCCAGGCACUCCACGAUGCGGGUGUCGGAUUUGCCGGGGCAGGAAGAACCGUGGAAGAGGCGGCUCAGCCGGGUAUUGUCAAGCUUGGGAAAGGCAGCUGGACCGUCAAGUGCUGGAGUUUCUCGGAUCACCCGACGGACUGGAGAGGCGAGGAGUGUUUCAAUCUGAUUGACUACACAGGGACGAGUCGAGAGUUCAUGGAGAGACAGAUCAAGGCCGACGACGAGAUCGAACGAUACCGGCAUGAAGGACGUUCAGCGCUGAAACUCGUCUCUAUGCACUGGGGACCGAAUUACCGAUGGCAGCCAUCACAAGAGAUUGUUGCAACAGCACACUGGCUGAUCGAUGCAUGCGACGUCGAUAUUGUCCAUGGCCACAGUAGCCAUCAUAUUCAAGGGGUCGAGGUAUACAAAGGCAGACUGAUCGUCUAUGGGUGUGGUGAUUUCGUGGACGACUAUGCAGUCGAUCCCAACUGGCGAAACGACCUGAGUGCCGCAUGGAGGGUUACAGUUGCGGAGGUGGCGGACAGACUGGCCGUGAAGACAUUGGAAGGUUUCCCCAACCGUAUACAGAACUUCCAGGCCCAUCUACUCAACGCCAGAGACGAUGAUCAUAAGUGGGUUGGAACCAAGUUCAGGGACCUCUGCGCAACGUUCCACACUGUGGUCGACGAUGAAUUGGGUCCCGAGUCACAGCUCGUAGUUGCCAUGGAAAAGCAAAGACGGGCUUGA